AUGGCCAGACUAAACGAACCUGCGAUUUCAACAGCCGAAAGCAUCGAAAUGCUUCGAAAGAAGAUGCUACGCCAGAAUAGAGAGCUGGCAAAGCUAAACAACACACGAGCCCUUCGGAUACGCGAGCUCGAAGAAGAAGUUUCACGCGCCCAGAAUGAUAAUCUGGAGCUCCGGAGUCGCAUAAAUGAACUGGAGCAAGAAGCUAGAGAACACGAAGAACGCCAAGAACACACGCUGAAGAUCAGGAAGGCACUCGAGAGCCAACUUACUGAUUGGUGCACCAUUGUUGGGGGUCUGGGGAUGGAACCCCCCAAGAGGCAGUCGCCGCCCAUCGAAAGCGCGUCCAAGACCAGAACCAGUUCCCUCCCUGCACGGAUAAGCCCCUCACAGCGCCGUCUUCGCAAUAUUGCAAACGAUUGCGAGCAACUUGGUCACAUUGCCGAACACAAGGCAUACUCGCGCGAGUCCAUGAACCCUGAACAAAUCCAAGCACUCCGAUUACAGGCAGAUCAAGAAGAAGCUACCAAGCUGCCCUCUCCUUCCCGCCCCGCCCGUCAAGAGCCAGCCAAGGCCGACACACCACCCCGCGAAACCAGAGCACGCAACUUCUCCAGCACCAUCGACUCUUCACCUCUGGUAGUUUCAUCGCCAAAUCUUGAUGAUCUUCAUAUUGGCUCAACGUUAGCCACGAAAACUGUGACCCCGAUGAUUAGAGAAAGCCGAGUUCAUGUUGACCUGACCCCUGACACGCCAAUCGCGCCUCCCACUAAGGCUGGAUCGAAGCGCAAGUUCACCGUGGAAGACUACGCAGCGAGGAGAAAGGCAUUGAUGGCAAAGGAGAAUAAUCGUCCGAGAGUCGAAACGAAGACAAUUUCUGUGCUUGAUAACGCACGUGGCAAGACUCUCAAGGAGCUGACCGCCAUCAGGCGAGAGGAGAAUCGUGCCAAAACCCAGGCCGCGAAAGAAGGAAGGAUGCCACUCGCAAUCAAGAGCACAAACGAUGACAUUCAGUCGCCCAAGAAGCGCAGGACAGUACCUGCCCAUGACAUAUCAGAUGCCGACCUGCCCAAGCCUAGAUUCUUUUUAACCGUCAGGCCCGAGCGACAGCGUGUUCAGGAAGCAGAGGCGCUCGCGGCCAUGAGGUAUAAAGCUAGGCUGGCUGCAGCCGCCGAGGAAUACGUGAGAGAGAACCCAGCGCUUGCGGACGUCACCCAUCUAGAGGAGACUUCUAGACCGAGCCGCAGAAGUCGAGCGGCUAUCAGCUACACCGAACCGAACCUGAGAGACAAAAUGCGACGGCCAAGAAACGAAACUUUUGAUGCGGUCUCCGGCGAGGGCAAGAGCAGACGCUUUAGUCACUCCGAACUCUCUACGCUCGACACCAAGAGGGGGUUGAGCGGUUUGGACGCUUGGACAAAGUUCUCGGUUGCCCACCCCCGCCUGACUGGACUUACCACAGGGAAGAAGCUCACGCCUUUCUGA